GUCUUCCGCAAUUCUGACUCUCCUCAGAUAUCUUCUCUUCCUACCAAGAACGAUCUUAUCAUCACAACGAAGCUUUGAACUAUCAAGUGCCUCCGGCCCACCGAGUCUUUCCAUAUUGGAGCCAAUCUCCGCCAUACGCUAUACCACCAACUUGGGAUCCAACAACCCAAGGUCAAGUUCCCGGCUUCUGGCAAGCAUCUUUCGAUCCGAACGUUCGUCGUUGGGUUCAUACCUGGCAACCUCUCUGACUCCCCUCCCCUCCCCUCUCGCGAACAACCACCAUGUCUGGUUGGAACCCAAUCAACGGUCGUGACGCUACAGGCUCACGACCGAACUACUCACCCGUUGGUGCACCGAUCCCAUCGCAGGGUCAGCCGUACAUUCCUCAUCUUGGUGGCCCUGGGUAUAACUUUGGUCUAGCUUCCCCCGUGUAUGGCUAUAUGUAUCCCGGCACAGCUGCAUAUGGCCAGCCCGUUUACGGAUUCCCUCCUCAGGGGCCAGUUGCUGGGUUUCAGACUCAGCAGACUUACGCUCAUCAGCCCAACGGGACUGGUAACAUCCUUCCUCGCCAGGCGCAGCCCAUUCCUCAGAUUGAUCCAAAGAUGCCUGCUGCGCAGAUGACGAACUCCUCUGGUGGUGUUGGCUGUGAGCCGGGAUACAACUACUUCUUCCCUGCCAACCAUACCAAGGUGCAUGUAUUCAAGAGCGAUAUCCCCCCUUGGCAGCUGCAGGCGAACGCGCAGAUUCCCUUUAUCGCCUCGCACAUCCCCACCUCGACGAAACUAGGCGAUCUCCUGAAGGGAUUCGGCUGCACCAAUCCCUCAGCCAAGAAGAACAUCUGCUUCGAGCUCUACAGUGGAGGAAAUGGCAAGUGGUACAAGGGGUACUCAUUCACGGGCGACGACAAGGAUGAGAUCGGCAAGACCAUGGAUGAGGUUGGCUGGGAUUCAUCCAGGACUGGAAACAAGGGAGAGAAGCCUGUUGUCUGUCUUUGGUUCUGCAAGAGCUGAAUUGGUUUGAUGCUGCAAAAGGUGAUUUGGGACAAAGAUAGCUGCUGGACGUGGAUUUUGUUACUGUUGUUCUUUGCUGGUGGAACGUCACGUAUAUUUCAUCUUUGAGCAUUGGAGUUUGUGGUUUAUGUCGCUGGCUUUGUUACUAGCUACGCAAUCAAUUGAGACGUCUGAAUUCCUC